CGUGCAAAUGCCCUCAUGGGCAGCUGGCUAUAAAUACCAUUGGGAUGUUGUGAACGGCAUAGCAGAUUAGCAGUUCAGUACUUCAGUAUCACUAGCAAUCUGCCUCCCUCCAACCUCGGCGCGAUCACCCAUCACCACCAGUCCACCACCCCUCAACAGUAAGCAACCAAAAGCUCUUCAAUGCAAUCCAUGGACUGCGGCAGCAGAAGCCGCGGCCGGCGCCUCAAGGACCGCCUCGCCCAGCUGCUUCGCCCGGCCAAUUGCAACUCUCUCCUCCGCUCCCCCUGCAGCUCCUCCUCGUCCACCUCCACGGCUUUCACAGCCACCGCCGAGACAGCCACGAUAUCGACCUCCUCCACUUCCACCACCGCCGCCAACUACACCAUCGCCGGCGCCCUGCUCCCCCGCGCCGAGCCUUUCUCCGCCGCUCUCGACCGCCUGCGCCACCCUCCUCCCGACGAUGAGCGCGCGCGUGGAGACAAGGAGCGGCGCAAGGAGGGGAGCUCCUCCUCCCGCCACGGCAGCCGGCGGCGUUCCAAUAACGCCGUCGUCGGCAUGGCCGGCGUCAGGACGCUCUCGUCCAACCCCUACGGCUUCACCUCUUCCGGCGAGGAUGAUGAUGGUGACACCGAAGACUGCUACGUCGACGACGACACGGAGGCCUUCUUGUCCUCGAGAAGCCUCGUGUCCUCCGACUCCUCCGCCUUCUACACGUCCAGGCGGAAGCUGCCGCCGCCGCCCACGAACAAGAGCCACCGCCACCGCCACCGCCGCCGCCAGCGGAGGAGGCCGCGCUGUCGGCGGCCAGCGGCGAGCUGCAUGGAGGCGACGUGCGGCGACGGCGCCGUGAGGGAGCCGGGGUUCCGCCCGCUGGUGACGACGACGGCGACGUCGGCGGCCGCCGCGGAGCAGGCAGUGCGGAGGGGGCUGGCGGUGGUGAAGCGGUCGCGGGACCCCUACAGCGACUUCCGGGAGUCGAUGGUGGAGAUGAUCGUGGGGCGGCAGGUGUUCGGCGCGGCGGAGCUGGAGCGGCUGCUGCGGUCGUACCUGUCGCUCAACGCGCCGCGCUUCCACCCCGUCAUCCUCCAGGCCUUCUCCGACAUAUGGGUCGUCCUCCACGGCGGCUAGCCGGCCCGUCGCCAUCCGCCGGCGAACUAGUUACGUUGGAUCCCCUGAGCGUAAUUGCAUUGGAUCAGGAUUGCUGAGAGUGGGGUUAGUUGGGAUGUUAAGUGUAGUCUAUUAACUAUGCUCGUUGAUGAGCAUGAGUG